AGCGGGGGCUGCAUGACUACAAACGGAAAUGUGGGGAAGGAUUUUUUCAUGCCUGUCUGUCGCGCUCUCUGCACCCUCCGAUCUCUGUCUUGUAUCGCAUGCGCAGGAGCGGAUACCCACUUGUACGUCUUCCUCCCGGAUAACCUCCACCGACUAUGUGGAACCGCGUUCGGCAACAUACCGUCAACGUGUCAUUGGCUUGUGUGUCAUUGAGAUCCCCGGCCAGGCGCAUUAACCGAUUUGCACGUAUGGCUUCGUCCUACGUCGUGAUUUGGACGCC